CCAAGCCACAUAUCGUCACUUCUUGUUUGUUGCUGCCGCGCUGUUUGAGUUAGAGCUCCGUCGAGUUGAUUCCUAAUUGCUUGUUUUUUUCUUAAAAUCAAAUUUAUAACCUACCAUUCUCUCUUUUACGGCGGGGGAACACAUCCCCGACACUAUUUUAUAUAAAAAACACUCGGAUUGCCUUGAUAUCGCUAGUUUUAUCCGACUUCUCGAACAUUCGCUACUAGCUUUAGCCCGUUAGCAAUAGCGGCGUGGUCACACUAGCGUUUGUACUCUUCUCACUCACAAUAUUAUUGUUCAUCUAUACUAAUGGCGGGCGUACCGAAUGUGUCUCUAUCUUUGAGUGCAGGUGAGGACACGUUCGAGCUGCAUGCGGUGCAGUUGGAGCUGGAGGCCGUGGAACGACAGAUCCGGACCCUUCUGGAGAAACAGGCCGAGCUACGGGAGCGGCGAACAGCGCUGGAAACAUCCCGUGCUGACGCUCACCAAUCCUCGGUAAGUUUGCAGCGCGAUAUUAACAUUCCUGCUUCCUCUACGCCGUGUACUUCUCUGCACAGGGCCCGAGAACCCAGAACGCGUUCAUCCCAGCCCUCGUUCACUCCGGCGCCGUCACACCAGGGACCUUGGGUUCUUCAGCAACGGAAGGCGCGAGCCAGGCCUCGGACCAGGACCUCUCCCCCUCCGCCGCCCCCGGUCUUCGAGGUCUCGACGAGGAACCGCUUCUCCCCUCUUCGCGAGGCAGAACGAGACGCCGUGGUCAUCGGAGACUCCAUCGUCCGUCACGUCCACGCUACCACAACCAAAGGUAAGGUGCGCAGUCACUGUUUUCCUGGUGCUCGUGUCCUCGAUGUCUCUGCGCAGGUUCCCGCGAUCCUGAAUGGCGCUGAGAGCAUCGGAGCUGUUGUUCUGCACGUGGGGGUGAACGACACCAGGCUGCGGCAGACGGAGGUGCUGAAGCAGGACUUCAGGAGCCUGAUCGAGACGGUACGAGCCACAUCGCCCGCGACGAGGAUCAUCGUGUCCGGACCGCUUCCGACGUACCGACGUGGACAUGAAAGGUUCAGUAGAUUAUUUGCUUUAAAUGAAUGGUUAAUGUCUUGGUGUACUGAACAGAAGCUGCUCUUUAUAAAUAAUUGGAAUCUUUUCUGGGAGCGACCUAGGCUCUUCCGUGCUGAUGGCCUGCACCCCAGCAGAAUCGGAGCUGAUCUUCUGUCGGAGAACAUCUCCAAGACGCUUCGCACCGUAUGACUAGUUCACCGUAGUCAACCGGAUCCGGGCCGUAUCCAGGUGAGACCAAGGACCUGCACCUUGACACGACCACAACGCAGCCCUGAAGUAUCAGCAGAGAUUGAGUCAACUAGAUCAUCCACUGUGAGGGCCUCAUCGACAUGACAGCCACGACACAGUUCCUCAACAACCGUCCAUACCGCCGUGAUGAAUACGAUCCUUAAUUGGAUGGAACUGGAAUAAAUACUUUGAAUGUUGUGAUCCUGUCGGACUUAUGAUAGCUACCUGAAUCGUAACAAAGCACUGUUGGCCAGAGGAGAACUGGCCCCCCGACUAAGCCUGGUUUCUCCCAAGGUUUUUUUCUCCAUUUAAACACCUAUUUGCCACUUGUCUGCCACCUGAUGUCACCUGAUGGAGUUUGGGUUCCUUGCCGCUGUCGCCUUUGGCUUGCUUAGUUGGGGACACUUGACAUUUGACUUGACAUUUGAUAUUCAACAGUGCUUCGA